CUAAGCCUUGGAGAUCCGAUUAAACUAUCACCAUCACCAUCGAUUAUAUCGCCUACAAGAUUGAAUUUUGAUAAAAUCACCCAUUUACCAACACCAAUCAUUAAUAACGGUUCGUUUGGGUUUAAUUCCCCACCAAGAAAUCCAAAUAAUAUUGAAGUUUUGAAACGGAAUAAUUCCCCCAGUAUUGGGGUUGGAGUUAACUCCAAUAGAACUGUUAGUGAAUAUAAACCAACAACCGCCAAUAACUUAACCAGAAAGAAGUCGCUCUUGGGAGAGGGAACCGCGUCGAAAAGAAUCAGCUCAAAUCCAAUUACAUCUAGCGAUACCCAAAUACCUUCACCCCCCAAUGAUAUUUCAAUAGCUUCAAAAUAUGUGAAUUCAAUAUUUCAUUCGGUUCAUCAAAAUAAAUACUAUAAGUUCUCUGAAGAAAUUGGCAAUGGUAAUUUUAGUACGGUUAUUUGUGCUACAAAUACUGUUAAUGAAGCUGAAAAAAUUGCAAUUAAAAUUAUAUCAAUCCCAACAGUUAAUAAAAUCGAUAUCAAAAAUCAUAAAUCUUUUAUCAAAAGAGAAUUAAACAUUCUAUAUAAAUUAAACCAUCCGUGUUUAAUUCAUUUAAUUGACUAUAAUAUAAAUUUAUCAAUUAAAGAUGAUGAAAUUAUUAAUUCAACUUUUAUUCCAAGUGAUGAAGAUGAAAUUAAUGAUUUAGAUUAUCAUAACUUAAAAUUAAAUAACGAUCAAUUAUUUUUCUUAAAUUAUUGUGAUGGUGGUAAUUUAUUUCAAUUUUCUUUUGAUUAUUCAAAAUUUAAUUUUAAUAAUUUAAAUUAUUGGUUACUUUUGAAAAGAAUCAUUUGUGAAUCAAUCAUCGGUAUUGCUUAUCUCCAUGAUCAAAACAUCAUCCAUCGUGACAUCAAAUUAGAAAAUAUCUUACUAAAUUAUUCUUUUGACGAAUUAAUGAAUAUAUCCAAAGAUUUAAAUAAUUUCGAAAAUCCUUUGAUUUGUAUUACCGAUUUUGGUCUUCUGAAAAAAUUGCAUUCUUCCGAUGAAUUGCUUUCCACUCGUUGUGGCUCUCAAGAUUAUAUCUCUCCAGAAUUGUUAAUGGGUUUGAAAUACAAUGGGAAAUUAACCGAUUCUUGGUCAAUUGGGGUUCUUAUCUAUUCUCUAUUAGAAGAUCGGUUACCCUUUGAUUUACCCCCUUUGGAUCUUAUCUCUAACACCGGUGUAUCGCCCUCGGUCAUACAAAGAAAAAGAUUGAAAAAUAACCCUGCCCAUCGUAUUGCAAUGAUCGAUUGGGAUUGGUUCAAAACUAAUGAAUCUAACUUAUCCUCUUCUAAUAUCAACCCAGAAAUAAGAGAUAUCCUAUCCGAUUUGAAAAAAAUCGUUAAUGCCCUUCUUGUCAGAAAAGACCGCAGACCGGAACUUAGUCAUCUUCUAUCUUUAAAUGAAUUUUCCUGGAUCAAACAUUCACUUCCAACUCAUUUU